CUUGGCAACCCAUAGCACAUACAUACACAUCACAGAUAACACCUCUUACAAUAAGUAGGUGUGCUGAUGGAGAAUGAGGGCUAAAAUUAGCUUUCAACUCCGGCCCCUCUACAAAUAUGCGUGACACUGACAGCCCCCCCCCACACACACACUUAAUGACCCCAGAGUAAUGUUUGGAGAUCAUUUUUCCCAAUUUUCCCCACUUGGUCCGAAGCUCAGGUGGUGCCUAGUGACCAGGCAGCAGGCUAGGCAAAUAAAAGGAAGCGAUGCAGUUGAAAGCUUUGAGGCCUGAGGUUUAGAAGGCAGCAGCACAGCUUUCAACUCUGAAUUCAAUGUGAAUGAGGUUCAUCUGACCAGCUCAGACGUCUCCCAUGCAUGAGAACCACUGGUGUGUCCUGAGGCCUCAAGCGGUGAUGGAGGUUCUCCAUGGUUACGGGAUAAGCACCACUCAAUACCUGCAGCUGCAUUACGGCCAUGCGCAGGGCUGGUUUGCUUUAGCGUCAGCGGCGGCAGACCUGCGCACCACCUUCCUGGUGUUUUUCCCCAUCUGCUUCCACCUGCGCACUGCGGUGGGGGUGAAGCUGCUGUGGGUGGCUGUGGUGGGAGACUGGAUCAACCUGGUGCUCAAAUGGGUUUUGUUUGGAGAGCGUCCGUACUGGUGGAUUCAGGAGACUCUGUACUACGGCAACUCCACUGUGCCAAAAAUUCAACAGUUCCCCACCACCUGUGAGACCGGCCCCGGAAGCCCCUCAGGUCAUGCUAUGGGCGCUGCGGGGGUCUACUAUGCCAUGGUGACAUCCCUGCUGCCUCUUUUACUAAAAGGAGAUGGAGACCCUUUUAAAAAGUGGUGUGUGCAUGGCUGUCUCUGGACGCUGUUCUGGGCAGUGCAGGUUUCUGUUUGCCUCUCCAGGAUCUUCAUUGCUGCUCAUUUCCCGCACCAGGUCAUUGCUGGUGUUGCUACAGGCAUUGCAGUGGCUAAAGUCUUUAACAGAGCCUCUUGGAUCUACAGUGCCACCCUGAGAGGUUACGUCCACACAACAUUCUUCCUGCUCUCGUUUGCUCUGGGGCUGUACGUGUUACUGGACGCCGCCUCCGUUGACCCACACUGGAGUCUGGUGAAGGCCCAGAAGUGGUGUGUGCAUCCUGACUGGGUGCAUCUGGACACCACGCCCUUCGCUGGCCUCCUGCGUAACACGGGGGUUUUGUUUGGUCUGGGCUUGAGCCUCCAUCUCCCCAUGCUGAUUGAGACAGAGACUGGCAGUUACAGAGACAGCGCCAUCUACAGACUAUCCUGUGCAUUAGCCACUCUGCUGCUCUUAAGCCUACUGGACUCCUUUAGGCCUCCUGUUCACACGCAGGCUCUUUUCUACUUCUUGUCUUUCUGUAAAAGCGCUAUAGUGCCGCUCACCACUGUGGGCUUUGUGCCAUACUGCGCCACAAUGGCACUAAAUGUAUAUCAGCGAAGGAGUUAUGUUCAGAGAAACACACUGUGCCAGGCCAGUUAGCACAGUGAGCUAAGUAAGCUAAGGUAUAGCCACUCACUGGCCACUUCAUGAGGUCUACCUAUUUUAUACGUCCACUGUAUAGGUGUACAAUUUCAGACUGUAGCCCAUCUGUUGCUGCACAGUUUGUCAGUCACAAAGUAUUGCUGAAGACCCCAGGACUGGUUUGCACAAGAUUUGCAAAAGUUUGGACUCAGUUAAGGACCUUAGUUUACAGUAGUUUAGAGGUUGGCAACCUAAAUGUUGAGAAGAGCCAGUUUGUCCUUUCAACAAAAAUCAAACCACCUUCCAGUUUACCCUCAUGGAUGUAAACAUGCCUCAGUAUGGGCUGAUGUGCUAGUAUAGAAUAAAAAAUGUAAUAUAAACAAAAACGCAGACUUACUUUGCUCUGCUUUAAGCUUUAGCUC